AUGGCGAGCACCUUGACUCUGCCCGACUCCAGGACCCUGGCCUACGCGCUGGACGCCACGCCCAAGGAUGGGCCAUUGGUGAUCCUCUCCAACCCCCUCAGCGCCUCGUUCUUGCUCUGGGACCAUGUCGUCAAGGUCCUCAAUGAGAAUGGCUUCCGUACUCUGAGAUAUGAUCAGCCUGGCCAUGGAGGCUCAUCAGCACCAAAGAAUUUAGAUGCCACCUUCGACUCGAUGGCUGAUGACGUGUACCAUCUUUUGGAGUCGCUAGAAAUUAAGAAGGUCGACUCAUGGAUUGGUGUCUCUAUGGGUGCAUCGACUGGUAUUUAUUUUACCACCAAGUAUCCCAACACAGUCAGCAAGCUCGCCAUCUGCGAUACAAUUGUGUCGUCGCCUGUCAACGCCGGAGUUGAAGAUCUUUUUGUUCAGAGAGUGGCUGCUGCCCGAGAAGCCGGUAACCUCGAAACAACGAUCCAAGGGACAAUGGAACGCUGGUUUGGCAAAGAGUGGCUGGAAAAGAAUCCAGAGGAGGCUCAAAGGGUGCAGGCCCUCAUGUCUAAGACAACCGUCGACGGUUUCGAAACAUGCUGCAAUGCCCUCAGCAGCAAGACCUUCGAUCUACGACCUCUUCUUGGAAAGGUUGGCAAAUCAAUCGAUGACGCCGUUGUAAUCGUGGGCCAGAAUGACGCAAACCUACCCAAAGUUAUGGCAGAGAUGAGAACCAAAAUUGAUGACGGCUUCAAGGCUGCAGGAAAGGAAAAGCUCAUUUCUCUCAGUUCACCGACACCAUCCUGGCGUGGUUGA